CUCUCGAGAUAUCACGAGACACUGCAGGUCGAAGAACGAUAAAAAAUCGUCUGAAAAAGUUUCUGCGAAUUUUUAGUCUCAAAAAUGUCGCUUUUUGGUGGUCAGACUUCCUCCCGCUCCAGUAGUAAGUAUCUACUGGAGUUUCGGGCAGGGAAGAUGAAUCUUAAGGGCACGACAGUGACGGCAGACAAGAGAAAGGGGACCGUGUACCUGCACCAAACGGACGAUUCUCUCAUGCACUUCUGCUGGAAAGAUCGCACGAGCGGUACCGUGGAAGACGAUCUCAUCAUUUUCCCAGAUGACUGUGAGUACAAGCGUGUCCCACAAUGCACCACAGGCCGUGCCUAUAUCCUGAAGUUCAAGUCUUCUAACCGCAAGUUCUUCUUCUGGAUGCAGGAGCCCAAGACAGACAAAGACGAUGAUUAUGAGAAGAAAGUGAACCAGCUGCUGAACAACCCCCCCACCCCGGGGUCCAGUGACAGCAGGGGUGGGGGCUCCGCAGGCAUGCCCGACCUGGGCGCCCUGGGGGCACUCGGAGGAGACACCAGUGGGCUGCAGAGCAUGCUGGGAAACAUGGACCAGCAGCAACUGAUGCAGUUGUUGGGAGGUCUAGGUGGGAUGGGCGGCCUUCCUGGGGGGCUUGGAGGUUUGCUAGGCAACGGUCGCCCCAGCACGGGAGGGACCGCUGGGUCUGCGACACCCUCCACCGCCACUACUACUCCCCGUCCUGCCACUGCUGCUGCCAGUCUCCCCUCCCAGAGUCAGACUCCAACAACACCCGCCCCUGCAGCUACAGCCACGGCCACCGGGGGCGCUAGUGCACCACGCAUCCAGCUCAGCGACCUGCAGAACAUCCUGGCUGGCAUGAACGCGGCUCCAGCAGACGGAGGUGCCCAAGCGGAGGAGCCGCCUGCCGUGGACCUGUCUCACGCUCUCACACCAGAGAACAUACGACCCAUCCUCAACAACGAGGCUUUUGCCAGUCAACUGAUGAAGCACAUGCCAGAGGGAACAGAGUUACCCCGAACACCAGAGGAGCUCAGUAACACUGUACAGGCACCACAGUUUCAACAGGCUGUGAGUAUGUUCAGUGCAGCUCUACGGUCAGGACAGUUGGGCCCACUCAUGAACCAGUUCAACCUGGGCAAGGAGGCAACAGAAGCAGCAGCUAAAGGAGAUGUGGUAGCGUUUGCAAAGGCCUUACAGAAAAAAGAGGGAGGGAAGGAGGGAGAGGACUCAGAGAAGAAAGAAGACGACGAUAGCAUGAGUUUGGACUAGAGAAUUAGAUAUCCUCUACAACACCAACUUGUACUGUAUAUCCUACCUAGUCAAGAGUGUUUCAAAGCUUACAGUUUGGGAAAAAUAAUAGAAAUCAGUGUCAAUAUUGCAGUAUUAUAUCAACUGUAGAAUCAAAAGAAAUUUUUCAGCAUCAUUAUCCAGUAUUGGAAGUUAGAGAAGUUUUGUUUAUGUCUCAUAUUAAACUUUCACACUGCACAUGCACAUAGUUUAAACUACCAACCAGCUUCUUAACACUUUGAUUGCAAAGGGAUAUCUGGUCUUUAAAAAGUAUGAAAUAAAGAAUACAGAAGAA